AUGCGUUCUGUCUGCUGCUAUGCUGCUGAUGCUUGUCUUUUGUCUCCUUCUUUGUUUUUAUUUUCUGCUGCUGUUCAUGUUGCUGCUCCGCUUAUUGAGGUGUACAUACACCCCAGCAGCAGCAGCAGCAGCAGCAGCAGCAGCAGCAGCAGCAGCAGCAGCACAGACCUCCUCCUCUCUCUAAAGGGGAGCAGCCUUUCUCUUGCUACGAACACACCUGCAGCAGAACCAUCUCCUGCUGCUGCUGCUCCUGCUGCUGAUGCUCCUGCUGCUGCUGCUGCUGUUGCUGCUGCUGCUGCUGCUGCUGCUGCUGCUGCUAGAGGAACGAAGACAGAGCUGUCUCUGCUGUCUCUGUCUGUCUCCUCCCUCCGCAUCGACGGCAGCGGCCCCGGCCCCUUCGCCCUCACCUGCGGGCCCCAAAGCAGCAGCAGCAGCAGCAGCAGCAGCAGCAGUAGCAGCAGCAGUAGCAGCAGCAGAAGCCUGGCAGCAGGAACGUCUGAGGUGGCGGCUAGAGGCGACCGCAGCGGAACAGUAUAUGAGGGCUUUAUCUCUCGCUGGCAUGCAGCAGCAGCAGCAGCUGCUGCUGCUGCUCCUGCUGCUGCUGCUGCUGCUGAGGUUCCUUCUGUCUCCCUUUUGUCUCCUUUUGCUGCGCAGCAGACAAAGCAGCAGCAGCAGCAGCAGCAGCAGCAGGAUAUGGGAGACAGUGGUUUAUUGUGUUGUGUCUCCAUAGCCCCUGUAGAUGUUUGCUGCUGCGUCUCCUUCCUCGCUGCUGCUGCUGCUGCAGCUAAAGCCAUCCGUGCUGCAGCACCGAACCUGGGGGCCCCGGGGCCCCCUCAGCUGCUUCCUGCUGCAGCAGCAAACGUACAAAAGGGUGAACACCGCUUGCUGCAGCAGCAGCAGCAGCAGCAGCAGCAGCAGCAGCAGCAGCAGCAGCAGCAGCAGUUGCAGCAGCAGCGGCAGCAGCAACUACGAUUGUCUGCUGUCUUUGAGGGAUUAAAGCUGCGUAUUUUUGCCGCACAUCUGGAGAAGAAGAGCAGCAGCAGCAGCAACCGACGCCGCUGGGAUAGAGUAAGGGGAAAUUCCUUUAAGGCUGUAGAGGCCGAGGGGCCCCCCGCUGCGCUGGCUGGGGGGGCCCUCUGUGUUGCAUGCGGGCCGACGCAGCUGCUCUUCGCUCCGCGAUCGCAGCAGCCCCCUUGCUGCUGCUUUUGCUGCUGCAACAGCAGCAGCAGCAGCAGCAGCAACAGCAGCAGCAGCAGCAGCAGCAGCGACCAUAGUUGUAGAGCUCCAGGGGCUUCUUCCUCGCCCCAAGGCUCAGGCCUUUUCUUCGGGAAGGCCGGCAGCAGCAGCAGCAGCAGCAGCAGCAGCAAUAGCAGCAGCAGCAGUAGCAGCAGCAGCUGCAGCAGCAGCAGCAGGCCAACAAGCUGCUGCUGCAGCCGAUUGGGGGGAGACAGUGGGGACCCCGCGUUGUCUGUGUCUUUGAGGGGCCUCAGCCUCUGCACGAGUCCUCUUCCCGCUGACAGCCGCAGCUGCAGCAGCAGAAACAGCAGCAGCAGCAGCAGCAGCAGCAGCAACAACAACAACAACAGCAGCAGCAGCAGCAGCAGCCUCUUUCCCAAAGUUGGAGUUUGGCUGCCGGUGCUGCUGCCUGUGUCUUCCACGAGCCCUCUCCCCGCUGACAGCCGCAGCUGCAGCAGCAGAAACAGCAGCAGCAGCAGCAGCAGCAGCAACAACAACAACAACAGCAGCAACAGCAGCAGCAGCAGCAGCCUCUUUCCCAAAGUUGGAGUUUGGCUGCCGGUGCUGCUGCCUGUGUCUUGUUACUCUCUCGCCUCACGGCUCCCGAAGGCUUCAACAGCAGAUGCAGCAGCAGAAGCAGCAGCAGCAGCAGAAACAGCAGCAGCAGCAGCAACAGCAGCAGCAGCUAGACCCGGCACGCAGCCUCACGCUGCUGCUGCAGCAGCAGCAGCAGCAGCAGCAGCAGCAGCAGCGAGGCAUGCGGGUGGUCUCUUCUCCUGGCUGCUGCUCAUCUGUCUCCUCGGUGAAGGAGACAACACAAAGAGAUGUCUGCGCCGCAGCACAGAGCCAAGCAAGCAGCAGCAGCAGCAGCAGCAGCAGCAGCAGCAGCAGCAGCGAGGCAUGCGGGUGGUCUCUUCUCCUGGCUGCGGCUCAUCUGUCUCCUCGGUGAAGGAGACAACACAAAGAGAUGUCUGCGCCGCAGCACAGAGCCAAGCAGCAGCAGCAGCAGCAGCAGCAGGAGAGGAAACAGACGCCCGCAGCAGCAGCAGCAGCAGCAGCAGCAACAGCAGCAGCAGCAGCAGCAGCAGCAGCGAGUGUUUCUUCGAUGCCUUUGAUCCGCGGGAGUGGGGGGAGGACUUCUGCUGCUCCGCGCCUGUCAGUGCAGCAGCAAGGCAGCAGCAGCAGCAGCAGCAGCAGCAGCAACAGCAGCAGCAACAACAACAACAGCUGCUGCUGCUGCUGCCCUGGGCUGCGUGGGAGGUGGAGACGCAUCUGCUGCUGCAGCAGAUCUGCUGCGUUUUUUGUUAUACCCUGCAGCAGCAGCAGCAGCAACAGCAGCAGCAGCAGCAGCAGCAGCAGCAGCAGCAGCAACCGACGGAUGCAGCGUGUCUAUCGCGUUGCGUUUCUUCUUCUUUUUCUCGUUCUUUGUCUCCCUCUUCUUCUUUCUCUCUGUCUCCUUUCUCUCUGUCUCCUUUCUCUCUGUCUCCUUUCUCUCUGUCUCCUUUCUCUCUGUCUCCUUUGCUGCUGCGGGCUGAGCGUGCUGCCUUCUGCAGGCAGCAGCAGGGGGGCCCCCUCCCCUUCAGCUACAGCUUCGAUCUGAGGCACGUACAAGCAGUACUCAAGACAAGACAGCAGCAGCAGCAACAGCAACAGCAGCAGCAGCAGCAGCAGCAGCAAUGGGGACAGGAGAAAUGGGAGCAGCAGCAACACCAACAGCAGAAACAGGAGCAGCGGCAGUCGCAGCAGCAACAGCAGCAACAUCUGCCGCACCAGCAACACCAACAGAAGCAACAGCAGCAGCAACAGCAGCAGCAGCAGCAGCUGCAGCAGGAGAUGGAGGGGAGUUCGUUGCUGCAGCAGCAGGGGGGCCCCCUCCCCUUCAGCUACAGCUUCGAUCUGAGGCACGUACAAGCAGUACUCAAGACAAGGCAGCAGCAGCAGCAGCAGCAGCAGCAGCAGCAGCAACAGCAGCAGCAGCAGCAGCAAUGGGGACAGGAGAAAUGGGAGCAGCAGCAACAGCAACAGCAGAAACAGGAGCAGCGGCAGUCGCAGCAGCAACAGCAGCAACAUCUGCCGCACCAGCAACACCAACAGAAGCAGCAGCAGCAGCAACAGCAGCAGCAGCAGCAGCUGCAGCAGCAGGAGAUGGAGGGGAGUUCGUUGCUGUCUCUGGCUCUUCUACAGCAGCGGCAACAGCAGCAGCAGCAGCAGCAGAUGGAGGCCAUCGUUGCGGGCAGCAACAGCAGAGCUGCCUCAGCUGCUGCAGCUCCGGUAGAAGCAGCAGGGGGCGAGCUCCGUGCUGCAGCGCGGGUGGCUCCAGCAGCAGCAGCAACAGAAGCAGCAGCAGCAGCAGCAGCAGCAGCAGCAGCAGCAACUGCUGCUGCUGCUGCAGCCACCGCCGCCGCCUCAGAAAGGACCCGCGUUACCCUCCGCCUUCAUUCGGUGUAUCUGCAGCUGGGAGACGUCUCCCUGGCUCGUCUCCAGCUGCUAGCGGGCAGGCUUCAGCUAGCAGCAGCAGCAGCAGCAGCAGCAGCAGCUGCUGCUGCUGCUGCUGCUGCCGCAGGUACCGGCGCUGCUGCUGCUGCUGCUGCUGCGUCUGGCGCGAAGAAGUGGACAGGCUGCAGCUCUUCGCAGCAGCCUUCGUUCUCUGAUGCAUUCAACUUGCUGCUGCCUGACGCGCCGUCUCCCCCCCACACAAUGCUGCUGCAGCAGGAGCAGCAGCAGCAGCAGCAGCAGCAUCAGCAGCAGCAGCAGCAGCAGCAGCAAGCCCGGCCGAUUGUUGCUGCUGUAGCAGAAGGGAUUGCCUUCCAGCUUGCUGCAGCAUCAGCCCCUCGAGCUUUCCCCGCGCGGCCACGCACAGCAGCAGCAGCAGCAGCAGCAGCAGCAGCAAAAGCAGCAGCAGCAGCAAAGCCAGCAGCAGCAGCAAAAGCAUCGGCAGCAGCAGCAGCUCAGCAGCAGCAGCAGCAGCAGCAGCAAGCCCGGCCUAUUGUUGCUGCUGUAGCAGAAGGGAUUGCCUUCCAGCUUGCUGCAGCAUCAGCCCCUCGAGCGUUCCCCGCGCGGCAACGCACUGCAGCAGCAGCAGCAGCAGCAGCAGCAAAAGCAGCAGCAGCAGCAAAGCCAGCAGCAGCAGCAAAAGCAACAGCAGCAGCAGCAGCAGCAGCAGCAAAUAUAACACAUCAUCUUCUCUUUGGGGUCGAGGCGCUGCAUGUGGAGGACUGCUUAGCCCUAGACAGGACCCCGCUGCCUUCUCCUAGCUGGCUGUCGCAGCAGCAGCAGCAGCAGCAACAGCAGCAGCAGCAGCACGGCGCGAGUGGCAGCAGCAGCAGACACCACAAGCGUAGCAGGAGACGUCGAGCCUCAGAAGAAGCAGCAGCAGCAGCAGCAGCAACAAAGGCAGCAGCUGUCACCGCAGAGGUUUUGGCGCUGCCGCCCUGCCGCCCCCCUGGCCGCUUCGCUCUGCUACGUAGCAGGAGACGUCGAGCCUCAGAAGAAGCAGCAGCAGCAGCAGCAGCAGCAGCAGCAACAAAAGCAGCAGCUGUCACCGCAGAGGUUUUGGCGCUGCCGCCCUGCCGCCCCCCUGGCCGCUUCGCUCUGCUGCUGCAGCUGCUAUCCAUGCACGAGCAGCAGCAGCAGCAGCAGCAGCAGCAGCAGCAGCAGCAACAGAGGCAGCAGCAGCAAGCGGGAGGGAUGCCAGGCUCGAACCCUGCGGAAGACUGGAGUCGGCUUGGGCACGGCAGUGCAGCAGCAGCAGCAGCACCUGCAAC